ACUCAUCUUUCUUUUAUUUAUUGUUUUUUCUUGAGAAACAAACAAAAGAAAAGAAAAUGUAUUGAAGUUAACUGUGCAUAUCCCACAAAGUUGAAAAAGAUUCCAGUUUCUUUUCUCUAUGUUGUUGAUUCUACUAAUGUGAAGCUCCUUUAUGUUUGGUUGCCGAGAAAAUGGGGAAAAGAAUGAAUAAGUUAGUUGUUCCCGAAACAGCAUAAAAAAAUUCCCUUAUAAUAAAUUCGCGGGCUGUGAAUUUCUCCAUGUUCAAUUUCCAAGGAGAUGAAGAUGUAGCGUUUUAGAACAGAAAUGCUGCACAUCAUUUUCUUUUUCGUAUCAUAAAAGUACCAGUAAUAAUUGCAGUAUGGUUUGUUGCUGGGAAAAUGAGGAAAGGGGACUAUAUGUGAAGAGAAUGAAUAUGAACAGAACGAAGAAAAAGGAGGUGAAGAUGAUCAGAUGGAUGGUGUGGCCGAGAAAGUACAGUGCAUGACCCUCCUGUGGCCAGAAACAAACAAAAGGGGUGAAAAGCUCUCCUUGGCGAAGUAUGCUUCAUGGAGACAAGAACAAAAGGCUCAGGCAGCAAGACUGCAGAAACAACUCAAGGCAAAGUGCGAAUUUGAACAGCUAAUUGAGGAACAACUGAACAGGUUCCGUGCCAAUUACAAACGUGAGAUGGUCCCAACCAGGCUCAAGGAUGUUUCUCAAUCCCUCAUGCCUAAAUGGGCCCCACCCCAUGAACUUGCAGCCCUUGCGUGGCUUGGAGAGUGGCGUCCCUCUGCCAUUCUGGACCUCCUCCAUGGCCUGGUACACUCCCCAUCAAUCUCAUGGGCAUCAUCCUUAAAGGGUUCAAAUGACACAGAAAGGCUCCUCUCUCAAGUUAUGAAUGAAAUACGCAUUGAGGAGUCAGUAAUCGAUGAGGAAAUGGCUGAGAUUCAAGCAACAUGUAUCUUCCACCUUUCCUUUGCUCCUUUCAACAAUCAUCUAUCACAUACUGCUAAAAUGACUUGUGUUCAAGCUGAGUUCAAGAAGAUUGAGAGAGUCAUCACUAAGGCCCAACAACUCAGGUUUAAGGCAUUGGAAUUGGUGGUAAAGAAGGUGUUAAGCCAAACUGAUGCUGCAGAAUUGUUGGUGGCAUUUGUGGGAAUUCAAGAUUUAAUCCAUCAGUUUGCAACAACACAGAAGUUACCGAAGCGUCCAGGCACUGCACCUGGUAGGACCUUGUUGCAUGGUUGAGAGCCUAGAAGACAUGGGAAAUGUGCUACAAAUUCAAGAAUGAGCACUCAAGAGAAUCUAUAUCACAAUCCAAGUAAAACAAGCAGAGUUGUGUGGAUUAAUGGAAUUACACGCAGGUUAAAAUUUUUACUCUCUUGCUCUCAAUUGUAAUAUGUAGUUGUAACACUUGAAACUGCAAGACAGAUAAAUGUAGAUACCAUUUUGUUUUUCAAACUGUACGCCAAAGGAAUCAACAACAGAAUUGCAUCUUCCUGUAUUUCAUUUUUCCCCUCUC